UGCGCGCUCCCGUGCGUGCCCACCUCCCGUCUGCUAUCCGAUCCUUCCUCCGUCUCUUCGCUGACUCAGUGCCUUAAGCAGCAUCACCGCUCACCAGAACAGAUCUACAGCAUCCUCUGCGGAGAAAUACAUCAGCCAUGGCUAAAACAGCAACCGCAUACAAAGAGAAGAUGAAGGAGCUGUCUGUCCUCUCCCUCAUCUGCUCCUGCUUCUACCCAGAGCCACGCAACAAGCUUGUGUGUGACUUUGAAGACAUGGAGGUGAAACCUAUAAACAAGCGGGCCUCGGGUCAGGCUUUUGAGGUGAUUCUCAAGCCUCAGUCUCCAGUGUCAGAUGUAGCCCACAACCUUCCCUCACCCCCAAAGAAGGAUAUCUCCUUGGACGACAUUGAGAAGAAACUUGAGGCAGCUGAAGAACGGAGGAAGUACCAAGAGGCCCAAGUGCUGAGGGUUUUGGCAGAAAAGCGAGAACAUGAGAGGGACGUGUUGCUAAAGGCUAUGGAAGAGAACAGUAAUUUCAGCAAGAUGGCUGAGGAGAAGCUCCAGAUGAAGAUGGAGCAGAUCAAGGAGAACCGUGAAGCCCACCUGGCGGCCAUGAUGGAGCGCCUACAAGAGAAGGAGAAACACGCGGCUGUGGUGCGCAGAAACAAAGAGCUGAGGGAAGAGCUGACAGCAUGAGCCUCACACGAGUCCAGACUUCUUCGAUCCAUCCACCCAGUCCUGUCCCCUUCCUCGGUAGAGCCUUCACCGUCUUCGUAACAGACACUCAACCCUGGAGGCUGAGAGGUUCAAGGACCUCACCACUAUAUCACAACUCACCAUGCCACCAGUACUCACUAUUAUCAGUAUUAUCAGUGGAUACAAACAUGAAUAACACUCAUCUUGAGAAUUGAAUGGUUUUGUUGAUUUAAGAGAAAUUGAAAGAAUAUGGUUUUUAUUGGCUUUAAUUAUUUCAGUACUUUUAUCUAUCUAUCUAUCUAUCUAUCUAUCUAUCUAUCUAUCUAUCUAUCUAUCUAUCUAUCUAUCUAUCUAUCUAUCUAUC